UCUCAAGGAGAACAUCGUGUUGUUCGUGAUCCCUUACAAACGUACCCCAAUCAAAUCUAACCAUGUCUGGCCGUGGAAAGGGAGGAAAGGUAAAGGGAAAGGCAAAGUCCCGUUCCAACCGUGCCGGUCUUCAGUUCCCCGUUGGCCGUAUUCAUCGUCUCCUGCGCAAGGGUAACUAUGCCGAGCGCGUCGGUGCCGGAGCACCCGUGUAUCUGGCAGCCGUCAUGGAAUACUUGGCCGCUGAAGUGCUUGAGUUGGCCGGAAACGCUGCCCGUGACAACAAGAAGACGCGCAUCAUCCCGCGUCAUCUGCAGCUGGCCAUCCGCAACGACGAGGAGUUGAACAAGCUGCUGUCCGGAGUAACCAUCGCUCAGGGUGGUGUGCUGCCCAACAUUCAGGCCGUGCUGCUGCCCAAGAAGACCGAAAAGAAGGCUUAAACGGUGUGACAAAGCUUCCUUCAUCUCAAACCCAAAACCGUCCUUUUCAGGGCGACAAAUUACUUUGCCAAAGACAUUUUAUUCGAUUUAUGCUGUUAUGGGAGAUCCAGAAGGAAAAAAAAAUCCAGAUAUAUCAAGAACCGUGCUUGAAACUGUGUACAAAAUGUAAAUGAAAAAAUGUGCCGUCCUUUGGCACAAAAAGCAUCCCUUAAUAUUUUCAAUUCUGUAACCUCUCACUACGAAUUCUACAAAAUGCAGCAUAUCAUAAGCGAUGCAUAAGAUUUUCCAGGUAGCUUGUUCAAGAGGGUUGGUUUUACCAUAUAAAUACAACCAGUGAUACCUG